AUGACAGAAAUCCCAACCUUCUACAAUCUUUCCCUCGAGAGGCAUGGGAAUGUAUUCGUUGUGACCAUGCAGAAACCCCCGGAGAACCGGUUGAACUCGUCAUAUUGUCAGGAGAUGAUCCGGGCCUAUCGCACCGUAGAAAGGAUACUGGGACCCAACUCUGAAGGGGCAGUAAUCACGCGAGGUAAUGAUGCCAAAUUCUGGUGCACUCUCAUCCACACGAUCCUCGACUUCCCGUUCCCAACUAUCGCCCUCUUAACCGGCCACACCUUCGGCGGCGCCUGCCCACUAGCCCUGGCACACGACUACCGAGUCAUGAACUCCCGCCGCGGCUUUAUCUCCAUGCCCCCGGUGAACCUAGGCCUGCACUUUGACGGGGUCGGCUCCCUCCCUCGGCUCAAGCUGCGUCCGCAGGUUGCGCGCAAGAUGUUGCUUGAGGCGCAUAAGUGGACUGGGCCUGAAGCGCUGGAGGAUGGGAUUGUGGAUGCUGUCGCGGAGCCGGAGGAGAUGCUGAAUAUUGCUUUGGAAUUGGGGGCGAAGUGGGCGCCUAAAGCGAAGAUGGGGUAA